AUGGUGAGUGUCGACGCUCCCACUCGUGUUUGUUACAGUAACAAAGCAACUGUGGGUUGAUGAAGACGUUACGGAGAUCAGAUUUGAGUCGAACCUUUCUGACGAGGGGAGUCUGCAGCAGUCCGUUCCUGAAGGCGUGAAGCUGGGGCCGGUGAUGGAGCAGCUGCAAAGGCACCCAGCAGCCAAACUGGAGAUGAACCUGCAGGAGAAACAUUUCCUUCAAGCUCAGUUCCUCUUGGCCCAUCAGGCUACGGCGGCCCGAGGGCCCGGCGGCUCCAGGCCGGACCCCCUGCUGUGUGGGGAACCGGAUGGACCGAUCCACCAAACUGCCCUGAACCAGACGGAGCUGAAGCAGGAGAGUAAAGAUUCGGACGGAGAACAGCGGGAAAUGCUGGAGCCUGAAGAGGGGGAUGAGGUGGAGGAAGAGGGAGACGAGAGGAAAAUGAGUUUCCAACAUAUUUCCCACUUCCAGCCGUAUUCCACGUCUCUGCCGUCUGCCGCGGAGCAAAAGUCUGAGCCUUCGCCUUCAGCAGUGAAAGAGGAGCAGGAGGAGAAGAACCUGCUGCCUCCUGUGGGUCAGAGCAGCUUCAGGUCGCCCAACGGCCUCGCUGACUGGGGAUACGAUGAGCUCUUCAAACUGAGAGGAAGCGGCGUCUGGACGGAGGAAUCUGACGGAGCAAAAGCGAGAGGAGAGCCGUCUAGAGACUUUGCCAAGCUCUACGAACUGGAUAACGAUCCCCAACGGAAGGAGUUUCUUGAUGAGCUCUUUGUCUUCAUGCAGAAACGGGGAACUCCUGUGAACCGCAUUCCCAUCAUGGCGAAACAGGUGCUGGACCUUUACAGGCUUUACAAGCUGGUGACGGAGAAGGGAGGACUGGUGGAGGUCAUUAACAAGAAGAUUUGGAGGGAAAUCACCAAAGGCCUCAAUCUGCCAACCUCCAUCACCAGCGCAGCCUUCACCCUGCGCACGCAGUAUAUGAAAUACCUGUAUCCGUUUGAGUGUGCUAAGAAAGGUCUGAGCUCUCCGGGCGAGCUGCAGGCAGCGAUCGACAGCAACCGCCGAGAGGGACGCCGUCCCAGCUACAACAGCACCCUCUACCGCUACUCUCCUUCCCAGACCUCGGCCCCACAUUCCCUCCUGCCCUCACCGACCGUGCACUCACCCCCGACUGCUCACAACGGCAUCAACAUGAGCCUGUCUGCCAGUUCAAUUUUAAAACGAAGCACAGAUGAGAACUCAACACCAGUCAUAUCCAGGCUGCCGAUGGCUCUGGGCCACCAGCAGCAGCAGCAGCAUCAUCAUCAUCAGCUCACACAGCCCGCCACAUUAGAGCAUCUCAGGGAGAGGCUGGAUCGACCAGCCGACGGUCCGGAGAAGAAAAUGAUGCGGCUUGCGGAGGAGCAGCAGCGUCUCGUGCAGCAGGCGCUGCAGCAGAACCUGCUGGCGAUGGCGUCCCACUUCAACCCCGUGAGCCUGAAGCUCAACGACGGGCAUGAAAAGAAAAAGGAUUUGUCUCUCAGCAUCUCUACCAACGGACCAGCUAGUAUCGGUGUAUCUGUGGAGGUCAACGGAACAGUUUACUCAGGGACCCUGUUAGCCCAGAAGACCUCCGGUCCCGUGUCGUCACAGACCGUAACUCCAGCAGGAACCAGCGGCUUCAGCGCCCUCUCCUGCUCUCGCAGUCCAUCCUUUUCGUCUUCCACCUCCUCUAAGGGACCAAAUUAAAGAUUUUAAAAUCUGUCUCUGAUGCACCUAAUAUGCCUCUGGUACUUACAAAGUGGGCACUUCAGGGAAAAAUAAUGUCACACACAAAAAAAGUCUCUUUUUUCCACUUAAUCACUUUUAAUUUACUCUGAUAGUCUUUCAAACUGGACUAUAUCAUUUGAAACCUUCACAUAAAUAUGGAUUCAUAUCAGUUUACUGUACCUGUCAGGAAUAUUUUCUUUUUUAGGAACUUGACAGGAAUUGCAGAACACAGUGAACAUCCUUAAUGGACUCUGCUUGGGUUUCAGUGACACCAAUAAUUUCUACUUCUUAAAUUUCUUUGCAUAAUAAUCUGAAUGUAGUUGCUAAAGUGUAGCUAGCAGAGACCAUGAAGCCUUAGCUUGGUGACUUGGCGUCUGUCUUUAACUGUUUUUGCUGAUGCCUUUUGUAAUUAUUCAAGUUAACUUGACUGAUGCGUUAUGCUUUUCAUCAAGGAUUUCAGGGAAUAUACAAGAAAAUGCUUUCUCAGAAACUGUCAGAAGAAGAAAGUGUGCAGAGUGGAUGAAUCUAUUUGCUGUUUUUUUUGUUAUUAUUUAAUCAUUUAGAUUUAGUUUUAAACAUUUAUUUCCUGUUGGCUGUGAAAGUGAGACUUGUGUUGAAGCAGGGAACUAUUUGUAAUGCUGAAGUGGCGCAACGUUUACCUCAGUCGUCUUCCCAUGUUAAGUUUCUCAGACUUGUUCUUUAUCUGCUAAUGAAUUGCUGUUUGUACAAAAAGCAGAGAAUGUAUGGUUGAUGACUUCCUGUUCUGGACAGGCGAACACUGACACAUUGCUACCUCAUUCUACUCGAAAUAUGCAACAUGUUCCUUUAGCUGCGAGCUAAAAAUAAUCUGGAUGUGGACAAUCAAGUAGACAUAUCUCUGCUGCUGCUGUGACUUUGGUAUUUACCUCUGUGCUGGUUCUGAGUUUCAUUCUUUGUUUGGAUGGGCAGCCAUGAGAAAUAAAACAGAGAUUCGUGGUGUUGGAAAAACUUUGGAAA